CUGCGCGCUCGCCCUCUCGCGGCUCCCGACCGGCCGCCGCCGCCCCUUCGCCCGCCGAAGGCGCCCCGGGGGCACCAUGCAGGCGCAGCAGCUGCCCUACGAGUUUUUCAGCGAGGAGAACGCGCCCAAGUGGCGGGGUCUGCUGGUGCCAGCGCUGAAGAAGGUCCAGGGGCAGGUUCAUCCAACUCUUGAGUCUAAUGAUGAUGCUCUGCAGUAUGUUGAAGAAUUAAUUUUGCAAUUAUUAAAUAUGCUCUGCCAAGCUCAGCCCCGAAGUGCUUCAGAUGUAGAGGAACGUGUGCAAAAAAGUUUCCCUCAUCCAAUUGAUAAGUGGGCAAUAGCUGAUGCCCAGUCAGCUAUUGAAAAGAGAAAGCGGAGAAACCCCUUAUCUCUCCCAGUAGAAAAAAUUCAUCCUUUAUUAAAGGAGGUCCUAGGUUAUAAAAUUGAUCACCAAGUUUCUGUUUACAUAGUAGCAGUAUUAGAAUAUAUUUCUGCAGACAUUUUAAAGCUGGUGGGGAAUUAUGUGAGAAAUAUACGACAUUAUGAAAUUACAAAACAAGAUAUUAAAGUGGCAAUGUGCGCUGAUAAGGUAUUGAUGGAUAUGUUUCAUCAAGACGUAGAAGAUAUAAAUAUAUUAUCUUUAACGGAUGAAGAGCCUUCCACCUCAGGAGAACAAACUUACUAUGAUUUGGUAAAAGCAUUUAUGGCAGAAAUUCGACAAUAUAUAAGGGAACUAAAUCUAAUUAUAAAAGUUUUUAGAGAGCCCUUUGUCUCCAAUUCCAAAUUGUUUUCAGCUAAUGAUGUUGAAAAUAUAUUUAGUCGGAUAGUAGAUAUACAUGAACUUAGUGUGAAGUUACUGGGCCAUAUAGAAGAUACUGUAGAAAUGACAGAUGAAGGCAGUCCCCAUCCCUUAGUAGGAAGCUGCUUUGAAGACUUAGCAGAGGAACUGGCAUUUGAUCCAUAUGAAUCGUAUGCUCGAGAUAUUUUGCGACCUGGUUUUCAUGAUCAUUUCCUUAGUCAGUUAUCAAAGCCUGGGGCAGCACUUUAUUUGCAGUCAAUAGGCGAAGGUUUCAAAGAAGCUGUUCAAUAUGUUUUACCCAGGCUACUUCUAGCCCCUGUUUACCACUGCCUACAUUACUUUGAACUUCUGAAGCAGUUAGAGGAAAAGAGUGAAGAUCAAGAAGACAAGGAAUGUUUGAAACAAGCAAUAACAGCUUUGCUUAAUGUUCAAAGUGGUAUGGAAAAAAUAUGUUCUAAAAGUCUUGCAAAACGAAGACUGAGUGAAUCUGCCUGUCGGUUUUAUAGUCAGCAAAUGAAGGGGAAACAACUAGCAAUCAAGAAAAUGAAUGAGAUUCAGAAGAAUAUUGAUGGUUGGGAGGGAAAAGAUAUUGGACAAUGUUGCAAUGAGUUUAUAAUGGAGGGGACUCUUACACGUGUAGGAGCCAAGCAUGAGAGACACAUAUUUCUUUUUGAUGGCUUAAUGAUUUGCUGUAAAUCAAAUCAUGGGCAGCCAAGACUUCCUGGUGCUAGCAAUGCAGAAUAUCGUCUUAAAGAAAAGUUUUUUAUGCGAAAGGUACAAAUUAAUGAUAAAGAUGACACCAAUGAAUACAAACAUGCUUUUGAAAUAAUUCUAAAAGAUGAAAAUAGUGUUAUAUUUUCUGCCAAGUCAGCUGAAGAGAAAAACAAUUGGAUGGCAGCACUGAUAUCUUUACAGUACAGGAGUACCCUGGAAAGGAUGCUUGAUGUAACAAUGCUGCAGGAAGAGAAGGAGGAGCAGAUGAGGCUGCCUAGCGCUGAGGUGUAUAGGUUUGCAGAGCCUGAUUCUGAAGAGAAUAUUAUAUUUGAAGAGAACAUGCAGCCUAAGGCCGGGAUUCCAAUUAUCAAAGCAGGAACUGUUAUUAAACUUAUAGAGAGGCUAACAUACCAUAUGUAUGCAGAUCCCAAUUUUGUUCGGACAUUUCUUACAACGUACAGAUCAUUUUGCAAACCUCAAGAACUGCUGAGUCUUAUAAUAGAAAGGUUUGAAAUUCCAGAGCCUGAGCCAACAGAAGCUGAUCGCAUAGCUAUAGAGAAUGGAGAUCAACCCUUGAGUGCAGAACUGAAGAGAUUUAGAAAAGAAUAUAUACAGCCUGUACAACUGCGAGUAUUAAAUGUAUGUCGGCACUGGGUAGAACACCACUUUUAUGACUUUGAAAGAGAUACAGAUCUUUUGCAACGAAUGGAGGAAUUUAUUGGAACAGUAAGAGGUAAAGCAAUGAAAAAAUGGGUUGAGUCCAUCACUAAGAUAAUCCAGAGGAAAAAAAUUGCCAGAGACAAUGGACCAGGUCAUAAUAUUACAUUUCAGAGUUCACCUCCCACAGUUGAGUGGCAUAUAAGCAGACCCGGACACACAGAGACUUUUGACCUGCUCACCUUACACCCAAUAGAAAUUGCUCGACAACUCACUUUACUUGAAUCAGAUCUGUACCGAGCUGUGCAACCAUCAGAGUUAGUUGGAAGUGUGUGGACAAAAGAAGACAAAGAAAUUAAUUCGCCCAAUCUUCUGAAAAUGAUCCGACACACCACUAACCUCACUCUGUGGUUUGAGAAGUGUAUUGUAGAAACUGAAAAUUUAGAAGAAAGAGUAGCUGUGGUGAGUCGAAUAAUUGAGAUUCUACAAGUCUUUCAAGAGCUAAACAACUUCAAUGGUGUCCUGGAGGUUGUCAGUGCUAUGAACUCAUCACCUGUUUACAGACUAGACCACACAUUUGAGCAAAUACCCAGUCGCCAAAAGAAAAUUUUAGAGGAAGCUCAUGAAUUGAGUGAAGAUCACUAUAAGAAAUAUUUGGCAAAACUCAGGUCUAUUAAUCCACCAUGUGUGCCUUUCUUUGGAAUUUAUCUCACUAAUAUCUUAAAAACAGAAGAAGGCAACCCUGAGGUCCUAAAAAGACAUGGAAAAGAGCUAAUAAACUUUAGCAAAAGGAGAAAAGUAGCAGAAAUAACAGGAGAGAUCCAGCAGUACCAAAAUCAGCCUUAUUGUUUACGAGUAGAAUCAGAUAUCAAAAAGUUCUUUGAAAACUUGAAUCCAAUGGGAAAUAGCAUGGAGAAAGAAUUUACAGAUUAUCUUUUCAACAAAUCCCUAGAAAUAGAACCACGAAACCCCAAGCCUCUCCCAAGAUUUCCAAAAAAAUAUAGCUAUCCCCUAAAAUCUCCUGGUGUUCGUCCAUCAAACCCAAGACCGGGUACCAUGAGGCAUCCCACACCUCUACAGCAGGAGCCAAGGAAAAUUAGUUAUAGUAGGAUCCCUGAAAGUGAAACAGAAAGUACAGCAUCUGCACCAAAUUCUCCAAGAACACCGCUAACACCUCCUCCUGCUUCUGGUGCUUCCAGUACCACAGAUGUUUGCAGCGUGUUUGAUUCUGAUCAUUCAAGCCCUUUUCACUCAAGCAGCGAUACCAUCUUUAUCCAAGUUACACUUCCCCAUGGCCCAAGAUCUGCGUCAGUAUCAUCUAUAAGUUUAACCAAGGGCACUGAUGAAGUGCCCAUCCCCCCGCCUGUUCCUCCACGAAGACGACCAGAAUCUGCCCCAGCUGAAUCUUCGCCAUCUAAGAUUAUGUCUAAGCACUUGGACAGCCCCCCAGCCAUUCCUCCUAGGCAACCCACAUCAAAAGCCUAUUCACCACGAUACUCAAUAUCAGAUCGGACCUCUAUAUCAGACCCUCCUGAGAGCCCUCCCUUAUUACCACCACGAGAGCCUGUGAGGACACCUGAUGUUUUCUCAAGCUCACCACUACAUCUCCAACCUCCCCCUUUGGGCAAAAAGAGUGACCAUGGCAAUGCCUUCUUCCCAAACAGCCCUUCCCCUUUUACACCACCUCCUCCUCAAACCCCUUCUCCUCAUGGCACAAGAAGGCAUCUGCCAUCACCACCAUUGACACAAGAAGUGGACCUCCAUUCCAUUGCUGGGCCGCCUGUUCCUCCACGACAAAGCACUUCUCAACAUAUCCCUAAACUCCCUCCAAAAACUUACAAAAGGGAGCACACACACCCAUCCAUGCACAGAGAUGGACCACCACUGUUGGAGAAUGCCCAUUCUUCCUGAGUUCCUCUAUUCUGGGAUGUACAGUUUCCUAGCCCAAAUCCAUUGCUGGCAAUGGAUGCACUGAGCAUGCCAGCACUGAGGAGUUAAAACUAGAACUCCAAACACUAAUGACUCUACUUCAAGAUGCAGUUUAAGACAAAGAAUUUUAACCUAGACAUUAAUUAUAAAUUGAAAUGCUAUUCCAGUAUAGAAUAUGUGGAAAGACUGAUCUAGAAGAAUUGGACAACUGAUUGCAUCUGAAAAUCAACUGAAGGGACUUUUUCUGGCCAAUAGGCAAGAACCCUCAUUUUGUGAAGUGAUCUUUAUUGUUGAAGGGAUGAAAACAAUCUAGUGUCCACCAGGCCCACAUGACGACAGUUUUUGUAAUUCAAAAUAUUAUGCACUUUUAAAAAAAUCUUAAACAGGGAUCUUACUGUCCUCCUCUGUUCUCCUUUGCUUUACUCUUCUACUUUAGAAUAUUUUCUUAAAAAUCAAAGGACUGUGAGGAAAGGCUGUGGUACCUGACCUUGUUGAAAUCAAGGCCCCAGCACUGUACUACAGUCCUGUUUACAGAUUAUUACAGUGAAUUGAAUGGGUACCGAGGCUUCACCAAAGAGGUACUUUUUUGUUGUUGUUGUUGUUAUUAUUGUUUUAAGAAUAAUUAUACCAAUUUUAAGAACAUUCCCUACCUACCCCCACACAAAACAAAAUCUGGUGUUGCCUUCAAAGAAGAAAAGUUUUGUGUCAUUAACAUGAUGGAAGAACUUUUUUUAAAAUGUUAACUGUCAAGUGUAUUAUUUACAUUUAGGAGACUGUUAAUCUACACUAGAUUGUCAUUUCCCCCUUCUCCCACAAAGGUUUACUGGUAAUCCAUGUCCUGGCUCGUAGCUGUCCCUCUAACAACAUUAUGGAAGCGUAGGCACCCAAUGUGAAAAGGAGCAUUUGCUGGGCAUCACUGACACCAUUCAUGUUUUACUAAUAGUCAAGUAAUCCGCAUACCUAGAGUUACCUUGCAUUACCUAAAUCAUGUGUAUAUAGUGAAUGUUAUAUAAUAUACCUAGCAGGUCUGUUUUAAUUUAAUUGAAUAAAGAUACAAAUACUUUGUCUGGCUGGCAUAGAUUAUUAUAUGAAGAAAAUGGUUGGUUCUUAUUUCUUUCAGUUGAAAAACACAAACACUAAGCAUAAAAGCACGUAUUGUGUGGUACGCUUUGGUUUCUAGUUGUGAAUAUAUGUAUUGAUCUUAAAGAAUGGUCUAAAGUUGCAGUUUGGCAUGUAUGAAAAUAUUUGGUUAAAGAAGGAUGGGUAUCUUUUGAGCAGAGCUGUAGGUUUUUUAAUUUCUUAAGCAACAUGUAUACAGUUUGUUAAGGUUUAUAUUGAACAUUCUAUCUUGUUUGAGGUCUAUCACAACUAUUCAUAAUAUGUCAUACUCAUAAUAGGUCAUCUACCUACAUCACUAAUAUAAUAUGGAUUUUUCAUAAAGCCUAUGUACUGCUCUUCUGAGUCCUAACAAAUACUGUGACUGAAAUGCAUGCAACUUUGUUGAAGAGAAAAAGUUUUUAUUAAUCUCCACUAUAAUGUCUGUGUAAUGUGCAGUAUUCCAUCCUCAGUCAUCAGUUCAUCAGUUACCUAUCUGCAUGUGUCCUCUGAAUAAUGAAGCAACAUUUCCUGUUAACCAUGUCAUUAGAGACAUUUUUAGAAGUGCUGCAUCACAGUGGAAACUAAUACUUUAAUAAUUUCUGAUAUUUAUUAAAGCAUUAAAUGUACAUCACAGUAGUACAGUAUACUCCUUUAAGAACAGCAACUAUGUUAAUUGUACCAUCAUUAAGCAGUCCAUCCUGUUAUAUCCUUUCUUAUUUGUUAAAAUUGAAUCUUUUUUGUUUAAUGUCUGUACCAUUCCUAUUAUGAUAGCCAUUUUUCCUUCACAAAAUGUCCCCUCUUCUGAAAAUAUCCUUUAAAAUUAAUUACAAAUCCCCUCUUGGUUGCAAAGUGUCCAUAAGACCAUUCAUUCAACAAAUAUUUAUGUAAGUAUACUUACUAAUGCUGCUACAAUUAAUUGUGAUACACAUUCCAAAAUCUCCCAUGACUUUUUAUCGGGCCAGCCUAAUUUUCCCUAUGAUUUCCUCUUUUAUGGUUUAUUAACCACUUCUUUUUAAUUGUUCCAUCCCCACUCCAAAUGAGAACCAGAUAGAAGUCACACUGGUGCCCAUCCAGUAUGUCUUCUGGCUAACAUGCUAACCUUCAAUAAGGUGAUGACCCCUUUCAACCUGCUUGAUCCUGUACAAAGGAAAAACUCAGAUUCGGAGUUCUAAUCAUCUUUCUCCCAGAAGGGACCAUUCUUCUACCCAGUGGUUUUAGUGGACCACUUCACCUAGCAACAGUUUUAUAUGCAUUGUGCAUAAGGAGGGUAUUUUUUAUCCUGAAAUGUGAUAUUUCAACAAAAAUAUUUUCUGCAGUUGUAACUGAUACGAAAAAUUCCAAAUGGAUGCCCUUUGGUGGAGGUAAGAAAACUGUAUCCUUCUCGUGGUUAAUUUGUCUCAAACUAGCAGACAAAUUUAUCAUUAGUGGUAAUUGAAAUAUACCUAAUGAGGGACAAGAAGUGACAAAAAGUAAAUGUAUCAUCACAAAAUUCUGCUUUGGAUCCAGAACAUUACAAGGCAGUCAAUGCAGCAUGACUUUCUGUCAACCACAUUCCAAAACGUGGGACAUUUCUUUAAGAAACAGAAAUAUUCUUAAAUGUUUCAUUAUCUUUGGAUCACAAUGAAAAAAAUUUCCAGGCUCAAUCUUGUGGGCUCAAAACCCACAAAUAUAACAGAAUGGAAAGCUUUUCACAUCUAAGCAUUUCUAAAAACAGGACAGAGAAGUAUGUCUCUAAAUUUACUGACAGACCAAGAUUACUCUUCCCAGUGCUCCAAAUCUAUUUUAAUGCUACUAUGAUCAGGAAAUAUACAAACAUCAAAAAUUUGCUUAAUUUAAGUUUUGUUGAGCAUCAAAUCAUGUGUUUACUGUAUUACUGCUCUCUAACAACUCAAGGUAUGUCUUAAUGGAUAUGAAUUAAGCAGACAGCAGGCCAUACUAACAAUCAUAAACAACAGAACAGUCUAGUAAACAAAUACUAUGUCAGUUGGAGGCUACAUUAUGGUUCUAAGUUCUUAAUGUUUUUUUAAUCAAAAUUACUUUAUACAAACCCAAAGUUUAUGAUAAUGACCUUGUAAUUCUCAAGUUUAGCCUACUUCAGUCUUUCAUUUCAUUGUCUUAAUAUGACAACUUAAAUUCAGAUUUUUUUUUUUUAGUGGCUCAGCAAAACAAAUGGGAGAGUUGUCCCAAUUAGUGUUGUACAUAUUGAGGGAAAUCUUUUUUUCCUUUAGAUUCAAAAACAAUUUGACCAUUUAUUUCUUGGUAUUCUGCUGCUGUGGGUAAGUUUACUUAUUCUUUUGGCCUAUAUUGUGUGACUCUUGUACUCCUGUUCUAUUGCACAUAAAUUUUUACCGGUAAAUACGUAUCACGAAGUUAAUUAUCAGUUUGGCUGAAAGAGAAUUAUGCAGUGAAAUUAUAAGGGAAAGUGGUGACUUUAUUCAAUUUUUUUCUCUUUUAAAACAUCUCAUUACUAACUUAUAAAAUCAUUUCAUAAUCCCUUACACAUGAGCCAAAACUAUUCUGAGCUCUAGUUAAGAAAAGCAUGAAGUCUAUAUGAUAAAUAUAAAUGACAAAAGCACUUGUAACUUCUUUUCAUGCCUUAUUUUCCAUUUUUUACACCGUAAAGUGCAUUUUCUGUCAACUGUGAGCAAAUUUCCCUUUUGCCUUUAAUGAAAAUAGUGCAUUAAGUAGCCUGUUGCUGCAAAAUUAUAAAGCAAGUUAGCUAAAGGUGGGUCACAUUGGACUACCACUCAGAAUCAAGAUGCAUAGAAAGAUCAAAGUUACAUGUGGUGUGGCUUAGAGAGUGCACCUGUGCCAGAUGCAUGCCACUUUCAGUAGCUGCCAAAUGUGCCUUUAAUUAAGAACAUCUCUAAUUUUUUUCUUCAGAUCAAGUCAGCAUUUGGGGGUGGGAUUAAGGCAGGGAAUUGGGGAUGCAAAUAUCUGGUGAAACCACCAGAGAAUUUGUUUGUCAAAGUGACAUGUAUAAUUUUAGUUAAGAUGUGUCUGUGUAUAUAUGUGUAUUUGCCUUUGUUUAGUAGCACAGUUAUUUGCUAAAAUUACUGUCAAAAAAAUAUGCUGUCUUACUUUGAUGUAAGAACAAAGUGUGGUCUAUACAUCUAAUAUAGCCUUUGUACCUAACCAUGUUCGUAGGUAAUCUUUGUAUUGUGUGUGCAGCAGUAUUUGGUUUGCGUUUAAAGUGAAAAUAAUGGCUGUUAUUUUUCUGGCAUUACUAAGAUAAACUGAAAAAUAAAGAAAAAAAUGCCGUACAUA